AUGGAAAAUGAAGGCUGGAGUAGGUGUUCUUGCUCUGCACGUAGUCUGAUAUCAAUAUUGUCUACAAUUAUUCUCCUACUCCAACCAGAUAACUGCCUCGCUAAGCGACACCCACCAUGUCCUACUUCAUCAUGCGGUCAAAUUCGUAACAUAAGUUAUCCAUUUCGGCUGAAAGGCGACCCAGGUCGGUGCGGCGACCCAAGGUAUGAGUUAGAUUGCGUUAACAACGCCACUCUCUUAUUAACCUUUUCAUCGGCAAAAUACCAUGUACGAGAGAUCGACUACAACGGAUACAAAAUCGUUCUUAGGGACCCAGGUCAGGACGAGGACGCUAAUUGCUCUUUAAUCCCUCGCAAUUUCAUAGCGGCUCCUAGUUACCCGUUCUCGGUUGGCCCAGAUAAUUUCGGAUCGGAGCCGUUCACUUGGGAACACUGGUCUACUAUCGGAAUAGGGUACUUCAACUGCUUGAAUCCUGUGAGUGACGAUCCACGAUAUGUUAAGGUGGACAGGGGUGGAUGUGGCAGCAGAGGGCACGUGUACGCGGUAUUAGGAUCUUCGUAUGAUCCUAAUAGUGGCUACGUUAGUGUUGUUGGUGUGGAGGACAUCAAGGUUGGAUGCGAUCUGAUAGUGGCUACGGUUUGGACACCGAAGCAGAAUGUUACCUACCACAAGCAUGAUGAGUCUGACGGCUGGAAGGUUGAAGGGCUUGAAAGAAUAUCGGAGGGGAAUGUUACAUAUGAUGAUAUCGAUCGCAAAAUAAGUGAGGGAUUUUGGUUGUCGUGGUUGCCGAUUGUUUGCGAGGAUAAAUGUGGAAGGGGGACAGAGUGUCUGCUCAUCAAUGAAUCCAGCGGAGAAGUCUUUUGUAAGAACCAUUACUGUCAUUACGCUUACCACACCACCCAAAAGUGCGAACCUUGGCAAAAGGUUUUGGGCUAUAUUCGAGCUUAUCUUAGAGGCAUUAUUUAUGGAAUAGGUAGCAGAAUAACAUUCAGUACGAAACAAUUGGACAGGCCUGUUGGACUGCAAUAUUUUGAUGGAGGAAUAUUCAUAGGACGACAAAUUAUAUCAAUAUUUUUGGCAGGCAGAUAUCUGUUUGGAGUUGUACUUAUUCUUGUGUUAUUCAUCUAUAAAUGGCGACGAAGACAUUCUUCAAUAUAUGGAAAUAUUGAAAAUUUCUUGCUAGAUAGUCAUCUAAAUCCCAUCAGAUACGAAUACAAUGAAAUAAAAAAAAUGACUAAAAGUUUCAAAGUGAAAUUGGGUCAAGGAGGCUUUGGUGCUGUGUAUAAAGGAAAACUCCGAAGUGGAUUAGAUGUAGCUGUAAAGAUGUUGAGCAAAUCCAAUGAUGAUGGACAAGAUUUCAUAAAUGAAGUAGCUACCAUCGGAACAAUACAUCAUGUAAAUGUGGUGCGGCUUAUUGGAUAUUGUGUUCAUAGAAAAAAACGUGCUCUGGUUUAUGAAUUUAUGUCAAAUGGAUCAUUGGAUAAGUACAUUUUCUCCAAAGAAGAAAGCACCCAUUUAAGCUACAAAAAACUAUAUGAAAUAUCUUUUGGAAUAGCUCGUGGGAUUGCAUAUUUGCAUCAAGGUUGUGAUAUGCAAAUUCUGCAUUUUGAUAUCAAGCCUCAUAAUAUUCUUUUAGAUGACAACUUUGUUCCAAAGGUUUCAGAUUUUGGACUUGCAAAACUACAUGCUACAAUUGAUGGUGUUGUGAAUAUGACUCUACCAAGAGGAACAUUGGGUUAUAUGGCUCCAGAGUUAUAUUACAAUAAUAUGGGUGGAGUAACCUAUAAAGCUGAUGUGUACAGUUUUGGAAUGCUUUUGAUGGAAAUGACAAGUAAGAGAAGGAACUCAAAUCCUAAUGCCGAGCAUUCAAGUCAAAAUUAUUUUCCUUUUUGGAUUUAUGACCAAUUUAAAACAGAGAAAAACAUUGACAUGAAAGAUGCUUCAUCAGAAGAAGAGAAGAUUCUAGUUAAAAGGAUGUUCUUAAUUGCACUUUGGUGUAUUCAAUUAAAUCCAAGUGAUCGUCCUUCAAUGAACAAGGUAAUAGAAAUGCUUGAAGGGGUGAUUGAAAGGCUUGAAUUGCCUCCAAGGCCUUCCUUUUACAAUACUGAAGCAUACGAACAUGAUGAUAUUGGCUCUAAUGUCACUGAGUACACUUACUCUACUAGUCAGCAUGAUGAAAGCAUAACAUCGGAUUCACCGAAGAAUAUUGAAAUAGGCAUAAAUAGCAUAACUUAAUUUCAGUGUAAUGUUGAUGGGAGUAAUGAAUUAAUGUUAUAGGUUGGUCCUUGUAUAAAUUUAUUUGGUAGUGUAGACAACUAUAGUUUUUCAUGUGUAAUAAGACAAUUAUAGUUUUUCUUAUUAUAAAAGUAGUAAGGUCUUUUUUUU